AACCAAAUUUCACACUGAUCCGACUGAAAACCCCUUUUUUCCCCAUUAAAACCAAACCCGGAACCCGUGAUGGAGGAGAAACGCCGGGACGCGGCUAACUCGCCGGCGGGGGAGAGCUCAGCGGAACCGGAUUCGACGUCAACGCGCCGUCGAGGUGGAGCUUUGAAGAGAAAAGGCAAUUGGCUUUCCGGGUCGAGCUCUUCGUCGACGCCGUCGAAACGGGUUACUCGAGAGAAGUCAAACUUGAUAUCCCACCCUCCGGUCAACCAUUACGGUCCUUUAACCAGGGCUCGCCAAGGGGCGCCUGGCGGAAACUUUGCCUUGGGUUCGAGCUCGGGAUCGGAUGGCGCGAAGCUGGAGGCGAGCACGGUGAAACAAAGUGUGAAGGCGGAAGAUUUGGAGGAAUUGAAUAAGCUAAGUGAAGAGUGGGAAGCUCUGGAAGCUAAAACUGAGGCUGAUUUUGAGGCUAUUAGAUCUCGUGACAGUAAUGCGCAUGUUGUUCCUAAUCAUUGCGGAUGGUUUUCAUGGACCAAAAUUCACCAUCUGGAGGAGAGUAUCUUGCCUUCUUUCUUUAAUGGGAAAUUCCCAAAUCAUACCCCUAAUUUGUACAUGGAGAUUCGUAAUUGGAUUAUGAAGAAAUUCCAUGCAAACCCAAGUAGGGAGAUUGAGUUGAAAGAUCUGGAAGAUCUUGAAGUUGGUGACUUGGAUGCAAGGCAGGAAGUAUUGGAGUUCCUGGACUACUGGGGUUUGAUCAACUUUCAUCCGUUUCCUCCAAUUUGUUCAGCUGUGUGCAAUGACGAUGGGGAUGGAAUGGCCAAAAAGGAUUCUUUGCUUGAAAAAUUGUUUCACUUUGAGGAAAUUGAAUCACGCCCACAAGUUGUUACCAGAACUAACGUUUCAACUCCAUCUGUGCCAUCUGGUUUUCUUCCAGAAUCUGCACUUACUGAGGACUUGAUGACACCUGAGGAGCCAUCAGUUGAGUACCAUUGCAACUCUUGUUCAGCUGAUUGCUCUCGAAAGCGUUACCAUUGCCAGAAGCAGGCCGAUUUUGACCUAUGUACUGAUUGCUUUAACGACGGGAAGUUUGGCUCCGACAUGUCUUCUUCGGAUUUUAUUCUCAUGGAACCUGCUGGCGCUGGUCUUAGUGGUGGCAAGUGGACAGAUCAGGAAACCCUCCUCCUUCUUGAGGCACUUGAACUUUAUAAAGAAAACUGGAAUGAGAUUGCAGAGCAUGUUGCUACGAAAACAAAAGCACAAUGCAUACUGCACUUUGUUCAAAUGCCAAUUGAGGAUGUAUUCUUCAAUAAAGAUGAUGACAUAGACACCAAUUCAAAAGAAACUGCUGGACCAGCUGCCAGUAGUGAUGAAACCUCUGUCCCUAAAGAUGUCUUGGAAACAACAGAGAGUAAGACUGCUCUGCAAGAGGAUCAGGCCCAGACUACACCAACGGAAACUUCAAAACCUGAAGAUGGAAAAGAAGUGAGAGCUAGCGAGGAAAUGUCUAAACCUGAAACUGUAACUGAUGUUAAUGGUGGUCAAGAAACAUCAAAGCCAGAAGAAACGAAUGUAGCAAAAGAUGGGAAAGACACAACUGAAAAUUGUGCACUUGUGGCACUAAGGGAGGCAUUUGAAGCUAUUGGUUAUAAUUUAACGUCUGAAGGGACACUCUCAUUUGCUGAUGUAGGAAAUCCUGUAAUGGCAUUGGCAGGGUUCUUUGCUCGUCUGGUCGGACCCAACAUUGCUGCUGUUUCAGCCCAGAGUUCACUGAAAUUGUUAUCUGGUAGUUGUCCUAACCUUCAACUGGCUUCAAGGAACUGCUUCAUUUUGGAAGAUCCACCAGAUGACAAGAAGGAACCAACAUGUUCUGAGAGUGUUGUCAAUGAUACGGGUAAUGGUGAUGCUCAAAAUGUGAAAAACUCGGAAGACAAAAGCCUUGAGGGGGAUCAGAAAAGUUCAUUGAGCAAACAUGGUGACGAAAACACCGAAGUUUCUCUUCCUGAAGAGAAGGUGACAUCCCCUUCAGCCAAUGACUUAACCAUGGAUAAAAAAGAGUCCAGCAAUAUUGCAACUAAUGAAGAAGAUAACAAGGCUAAUUUGAAUGAAUCCACCAUUAUUAAUCAAUCAAAGGAUCAUCAACCAAGUGUAACCACGGUAUCAAAUAACUCAACAUCCCAGUUUCUACCUAAUUCACUGGAGAAGAGGGGCGGGAAGGAAACAGAAAAAGAACCUUCAGCGCCUCCAAAAACUGUGAAGGGAGUAGAUAUGUCUGAUUCUGUUCCAGUGGAAAAGAAUGAGCUCUGUGAUGCAGCUGGUUUAAAGCCUGGAGGAGAGCCAUCUGAACCGGAAAAUGCAUCAGAAAAUUUAGAGACAGCUUCCUCUUAUCCAUCCGGAGCAAAGAACGAGCAAAAACCUGUUCAACCGAGUGCUGAUGGAGAAUCUACUAAGCCUGCAGAGGCAUCAAAUGAUGUUGAAAUGGCAUCUGUUUCACAACCAGCAGAAAAGACCGAGUCUCGGCAACCAGUCGCAUCAAAUUCUGUAAACGAAAAAGGAGCUACCACAGACAAGAGUAAAGAAGGUAAAAACAAGAAUCAUGACUCUACAGGCAGAGAAGAUAAUAGUAGCAUUGAUAGAGUAAAGCGUGCUGCAGUUACGGCACUCUCUGCGGCAGCAGUGAAGGCAAAACUUCUAGCAGACCAGGAAGAGGACCAAAUCCGACAACUCACAGCAUCAUUAAUAGAAAAACAGUUACAUAAGUUGGAAGCCAAAUUAGCAUUCUUCAAUGAGAUGGAAGGAGUCGUAAUGAGGGUUAAGGAGCAAUUGGACAGGUCAAGGCAGAGGCUUUACCACGAGCGAUCACAGAUAAUUGCUGCUCGACUGGGCUUGCCAGCUUCCUCCUCUAGAGCAAUGCCACCACCAAAUGCUACAAAUAGAGUUGCAGCAAACUUUGCAAAUUCAGUUUCUAGGCCCCCUAUGAGCUUGAAAGCCCCAAGACCGCCAAUGUCAAGACCCAUGGGUCCUGUGACUCCUACCCCUUCCAACCCAUACGUAUCCACAACGGUUGCAGGGAGUUCAAUUAGGCCUUCUAACAAGGACAACCUUUCCUCCAUCGGUAUCAAGUAGUCUCUACUUGUGAAUAGAAUUUUCUAUCCAUUCUUAUACGAUGGUCAUUUAUCAUGAGAUCUAUUAGGUGAGUACUACCCUUUAUAGUUGCAGUUUGCAUUAGCGUUAGUGUUGCUAAUCGUUCUGGGUGCUUUUAAGGAGAAUUCACUCAAACUAAACUCACAGCGCAUUCAUACUGAUUCAUCUCUGAGUAAUCUGGAUACCACUGCCUAUCGACUGACAUCUCCUGAUCAUAGGAGGAAGGAGCAGAUGGUUAUGGUUCUCCCUUCGAUCCUGUUCUAGUCGAAAUUGUCGAGGCUAUGUCUGACGUGGAUUUUUUUUUCCAUCUAUGCUUUUGUAGUUUUUGUAAGGCUAGUUUGUAGUGUUGAUAUUUUGGUACGUCAAUGAUGAAUUCUAGGUGAUGCAAAUUAAACAUCCA